AUGUCACUCCACGUUCCCAUAACCGUCCAUGGAGACAAGAGACAGGGGCCGUUCAAGCCCAUCUACAGAUUCUUUGGAUGCGACGAACCCAACUACGUCUACAUGAAAGACGGCGAGAAAUUGAUCCAGAAGCUGGGCCAGCUGGGAAGUGACCAGGUCUAUUUCCGUGUCCACAAUCAAUUCACCACGGGCAAGGGAGUCCAUGCCCUGAAAUGGGGGAGCACGAAUGUCUACACCGAGGACGAGGCGGGAAACCCCAUCUACGACUGGACCAUCAUCGACCAGAUCUACGACACGUGGCUGUCGCGCAACGUCAAGCCCUACGUCCAGUUUGGAUUCAUGCCCGAGGCCCUGUCGACCGAUCCCCAGCCGUACCAACACUCGUGGACGCCGACGGCUUCUUACAAAGAAGUCUUCACGGGCUGGACGUAUCCCCCUAAGGACUACGAGAAGUGGGGGGAGCUCGUCUACCAGUGGACCAAGCAUGUGGUCGAUAAAUACGGCAAGGCGGAAGCGGAGACCUGGUACUGGGAGACCUGGAACGAGCCCAACAUCGGCUACUGGCAAGGAACCCACGAGGAGUACUGCAAGCUCUACGACUACACCGUCGAGAACGUGCGGAGGGCUCUACCCACGGCCUUCGUGGGUGGUCCUGAAACGGCCGACGGCGGGCCAGAGUACCUGCGGAGGUUCUUCGAGCACUGCCUACGAGGCAAGAACUAUGUUACUGGAAAGAUAGGCUCUGCUCUCGACUUUACCUCGUUCCAUGCCAAAGGGAAGCCAGAGUUUAUCGAGGCGUCGCAGCACGUUCGCAUGAAUGUCGGUCGACAGCUCCGCAUCAUCGACGAGUCUUUCGGUGUCAUUGCGUCGUUCCCCGAACUCAAGGACAAGCCCAUUGUCAUUGGGGAGUCAGACCCAGAGGGCGCCGCGGCUGCCCAGGGUCCGCAGCUUGGAUAUCGCAAUGGGACCAUGUAUUCGUCCUAUACCGCAGCCAGCUUUAUCCGCAAGCAAGACCUUGCCGCUCGACACGGCGUCAAUCUUGAAGGCGCUCUGACCUGGGCAUUUGAAUUCGAGGACCAACCGUACUUUGCUGGAUUUCGGGUCCUGGCGACCAACGACAUUGACCUGCCCGUUCUCAAUGUAUUCAGAAUGUUUGCAAAGAUGGGAGGAUCGCGCCUCGAGACCAAGAGCCAAGGACAGGUCCCACUAGAGAACAUUCUCCAGAACAGUGUGCGAGACGGACCGGAUCUCGGUGCUGCUGCCACGUUGGAUGGGGAGAGACUGAGCAUCUUCGUGUGGCAUUACCAUGAUGACGAUCAGCCGGGGGAGGUGGCCAACGUGGACAUCUCUCUCCAGGGACUCAAAUGGAACUCGCCGAGCAGUAGUCGACUGAAGCACUACCGCAUUGACGAGCAUCACAGUAACGCAUAUACAAAGUGGAAAGCCAUGGGUUCUCCACAGACCCCGUCGAGCGAGGAAUAUAGGCAGCUUUCUGAAGCGGCCAGGCUGACCACGCUGGAGGACCACGAGACGGAGAUUGGCACCAGAGAUUCCAUCACAACAUUGUCGUUUGCUCUUCCUCGCCAAGGCGUGUCUCUGGUCGUGCUCGAGGGAGUCUCGUAG